UUAAGUUGAAGAACUUUGAAAACUACAAAGCAUUUCAUUAUUAUCAAUGUUGCACUGGGCACGGACUAUUUAUAUACGAUUUCAUACCGUGCUUAAAAAAAAAACAAAAAAAAACUUUCUUGCAACCUGUGCAUAAGAAGGUUAACCGCACGCAAUUUGCAGGUGAAUGCAAUUCCCAAACGAUGUGUUCCGAAGCAGGAUUCCGUUACCGUGCGCUGUUCGACUACAAGAAGGGCCGUGGGGAUGACAUUUCUCUGCAGCCCGGUGACAUCCUCACUGUAAAUAAAGCAGCUCUGCUAACGGCUGACUACCAGGAGGGGGACGAGAGAAGCCCGGGGGGGUGGCUCAUCGGGACAAACGAAAGGACCAAGGACAACGGAGACUUCCCCGGCACUUACGUGGAGUAUGUUGGACCUGUAAGGGUAGUUCCGACGAACCCAAAGAACAGACCAAGGCCGGUUCCCACAACGCCGGUUGGCACCUCCGCCCCGGGACCCAGUCAGGCGGGCAGUUCCUUAGGGCAGGCUGAUCUCCCAGGGCCGCUUACUCUCCCGGAUCAGGCACCCGUGGUGGUGAUGAGAAUUAUUGAAGCGUUGGAGAGACCGGGUGGAGAGGGCGAGUCUCUAUAUCUAUCUCCUCCCGGCUCCUCCUGCAGCACGGAGCUCCAGCAGACUCUGGAUGCAGUGGAUUUGGACCAGUAUGAUCCUCACACCAUGGCGGAGGCUCUGAAAUGUUACCUGCAGGCUCUGCCGUCGCCAGUCAUUCCAGCAGAGACGUACAGUGAACUGGUCCACACUGCACAAGAAAUGCAGAGUGUGGAGGAGUGCGGGCAGCAGCUGAAGAGGAUCCUGGAGUCUCCCACCCUGCCCCAGCAGAACCGUCUUGUGCUCCAGCACUUGACCUGGCACUGGUGCAAACUGAGCCAAAACUCCAGCAGAACACACCUGACACCCAGGCACCUGGGGGAGCUCUUCAGCGAGCUCCUCUUCAAGCUGUCCCUGUCAAGUGCUGAUGUAAACCCAGAGCACCAUGUCAAAAUUAUUGAGGCUGUCAUUGUGGCUGGAGGGCUGGCAGAACUGCAGGCUGCCCCAGCUCUUCCUCCAAAGCCACCCAAAUCAGUGACUCCAGUCAGCACAAAUGUGAUUAAGGACACAGGCAGCAUAUCGCUGCAGGAAGCAGAGUGGUACUGGGGAGACAUAUCUAGGGAGGAGGUAAAUGAUAAGCUGCGAGACAUGCCAGACGGGACCUUCUUGGUCCGGGACGCCUCUACGAAGAUGCAGGGAGAUUACACACUAACCCUAAGGAAGGGAGGCAAUAACAAGCUGAUAAAGAUCUACCACAGAGACGGACAGUACGGCUUCUCCGAUCCUCUGACCUUCAACUCUGUGGUGGAGCUGAUCAACCAUUACCGACACGAGUCUCUCGCCCAGUAUAACCCCAAACUAGAUGUGAAGCUCAUGUACCCCAUCUCCAGGUAUCAGCAGGAUCAGUUGGUAAAAGAAGACAAUAUAGACGCUGUUGGAAAGAAACUCCAGGAAUAUCAUAAUCAAUAUCAGGAAAAGAGUAAGGAAUAUGAUCGGCUAUAUGAAGAGUACACAAGGACCUCACAGGAAAUCCAAAUGAAGAGAACGGCCAUUGAGGCUUUCAAUGAAACUAUUAAGAUUUUCGAGGAGCAAUGCCUCACACAGGAACGCUACAGUAAAGAGUACAUUGAGCGAUUCCGAAGGGAGGGGAAUGACAAGGAGAUAGAAAGAAUCAUGAUCAACUACGAGAAGCUUAAGUCCCGUCUGGGUGAGAUCCAUGACAGUAAGAUACGCCUGGAGCAGGAUUUAAAGAAACAGGCGCUGGACAACCGAGAGACAGACAAGAAGAUGAACAGCCUUAAACCAGACCUUAUCCAGCUCCGCAAGAUCAGGGAUCAGUAUCUUGUCUGGCUCAAUCACAAAGGGGUACGUCAGAAACGAAUUAACGACUGGCUCGGAAUCAAAAAUGAAAACGUUGACGACACCUACUUUGUGAAUGAGGAGGAUGAGAAUCUCCCUCACUACGACGAGAAGAGCUGGUUCGUGGGGGAUCUGAACCGGACGCAAUCGGAGGACCUUCUCUGCGGAAAGGCAGACGGCGCCUUCCUAAUCCGAGAGAGCAGUAAGAAGGGCUGCUACGCCUGCUCCGUGGUUGUAGAUGGAGAGGUGAAACACUGUGUAAUAUACAGCAGCACGCGGGGCUAUGGCUUCGCAGAGCCCUAUAACCUGUACAGCACUCUCAAAGACCUGGUACUACACUACCAGCACACUUCUCUGGUCCAGCACAACGACUCUCUCAAUGUGAGGCUGGCAUACCCCGUCUACGCACAAAUGCCCUCCCUCCGCAGAUGAAAAGAAACCAGAACUUAAACACACAAGUCAGCCACCUUUGGAGUUUUAUAUUUUUUACUAGAACAAUCGGUGGGCAUUCUUUCUAAGGACACUGCUUGAUUUGCACAAGGAAGCUUUAAAGUUCUGUGAAAUGGAAACAUGCCGCCGCAGAGACUCGCGAGAGGCACGUCUCUACCCCAGUUAAGGUGAACCUGGUGCUCCCUAAACUCUAGCUGGGGCUUGUUUUGUUUAUUUUUUUCCUUCCUUUUUUGGGCAACGGAAUAAGAUGGAAAAAGGUUGUCUAUGUUGGCGUACACAAUACAGCAGAUUCUGUCCUCCAGGUGUUUGUAUCACCAACACAUUGCUGCUGAACUUGGAGUUGUUGUCUUAAGCAACAAGAGGCGGACUGGAGGGUGCUGCUUGUUGUUUUUUUGAGAGGGGGGGGCGGCUUUAGUAAACUGCGACUCGGCUGGACUUCUAAAAGUGGCAUAAAAACGAGAAGGCAUUUCAUUAAAGUGGAAGAGAAGGAGACCAAAGGAAUCGUCAGAAUUCAGAUAACAAAUGUAAUAUAAACAAAAAAAAAAACAGCAAUGGAAACACAGAUGCUUUAUUUUGUACCGAACAUAAAACAAAGUUUUGGCUUCGUGCAGCACUAUUUAAAAAAAAAAAACUAAAACUUAAGAAAACAUAUUCUUAACCAAAACGUACCCACCAAAACUUUGUCGGUUUUAAGCACUUACUUAAAAAUAAUAAAAAUGUUUGUUUACAGCUGCACAUUUCAACACCAAAAUUAAGAGAAAACAUUUUUCUGUGUGGUUAAGAAACGAAAAAAAAAAAAAACUAAGAAAAAAAAGCUGUUGUCUCCUUUUUAUUAAAAUUGUAGAAUUGUUUUGUUAUGGUCUGUAUUGCUAAAAUAGAACAUUUAAAAAUAAGCUUUGAAUUAAGAUACCAAUAUAAAAUGAAGCAGGUACUAAGGGUGUUAAUUUUAAAAGAAGAAAAAACACACUUUAAAUUUAAUAAAAGACAAAAAAAUAUAGAAAUGCAAGCCAGUGCUUCUGGAUGGUGGGGUAUUGGUCUACUUUUGAAAGAUGUGCUGUUCAUUUUGCAUAUUGGUACAAAAUGGGAGUUUUACACAGUGCAUAAUUCCACUGCUGACUUUGUAACCAGCACUAUUUUUAAUAUAAGAAUUCUCUUUAGAAUGAUGGUUUUGCAGUUUAACAAGUAGCCUAUCCAUGUAUUCUAGAUUAGAAACACUUUGUUCAUUUACUUUGUUGAAGGCUUGUUUUACAAGAGCCUGUUAUUAGGUCAGUUCCAGUGAGGAUCACAUGCAUUUGCAAACCUGGUUACAAAGUCAGACCGCAUUCAGAAUACCAUGAAGUGAGAUGGUUUGAUUUAAAACAAAUCCCUAAUUUAAAAAAAAAAAUAUAUAUAUA